AUGGGUAUUCUUAGUGAAUUUGAUUCUCCACUCAGCCAAGUUUUGGCCGGCCCGUUUAAGGUCGUCACAAUCACCAACAUUCUUCUCUUAACGAUAGCCUUUGCUAUGCUUCAGUUUUUAUACCAAAUUAUAUACUACAAGCUUUUUCAUCCAUUGAAACGUUAUCCUGGUCCAUUCUGGGCCAGCGUCACUCGACUAUGGCAGGCCUGGCACUUCUUCCAAGGCAGCGAACUGGAUGCACAAUGGCAAGCAGUUAAAAAAUACGGUCCGGUUGUCCGCGUGUCGCCAACAAUGCUCUUGGUUACCGAUAGUACCCUCCUACCCACUCUUUACCAUCGUCGUGAUGUAAAAUCUAAGCUUUAUAUUUCUGAAUAUUUUGAGACACCAGGAAGUAUCUUGAUCAGGGAUCCAACUAAGCAUGCAGGCCAUCGACGCCUAGUCGGUGCCACCUAUUCAUUAUCCAAUAUCAUGAGAAUGGAGCCUUUGCUGGACAAACAUAUCUCAAAAUGGCUUAAUAAGGUCAAGUGCAAGUUUGCUGAAGAUCAAAAGCCUCUUGAUUAUCCUAUGUGGAGCUCUUUCUUAUCUUAUGAUACCAUCACAGAUGUGGCGUUUCGCAAUCCCUUAGGAUUCAUUGACACAGAAUCCGAUGUUGGUGGAUUGAUGAAGGCAUUUCGUGUGGGAUCUGUGGCGUUAGGCCUCGCAGGGCGUCUUCAUACAUUUUUCUCAUGGCUUCCCCAGACAUGGCUAAGAAGAUAUAUUUUGGUACAACCUGAACAGACACAAGGGUUCGGGGUCAUAUUCAAACAAGCCAAAUCAAUUCUCCAUGAGCGUACACAGGCUCUCGCUGAAGGCCGCACAAUCAAGCCUCAGAAAGGUGAUGGAUCCUAUGAUUUUCUCCAGGCUCCCUUGAUUAUAAAAAGUUUUAUGGAUACAUCUACCCCGGAGGGCGAGCUUCUAACAUCUCAAGCCAUCCAAAACGAAGUUUUUGUGAUCUUAGGCGCGGGUACAGAAGGGUUUAGCUCGAUGUCAUCCGCUUUCUUUGCUGAGAUCCUAUCGCGUCCCAUCAUUCUCGAGCGUCUGCUGGCAGAGAUCAAGGCCGCAGUAGAAGCAGGCAAGCUCUCUCAGCCAGUGCCUACUUACACAGAAGUCUCCCAGGGUCUACCAUUCUUUGUAGCUUGUUUUCGUGAAACCAUGCGCAUUCAUCCUACUGGGGCAGCUAUGCUCCCUCGGCAGAUCACUGCGGAUGGUCCGGAACUAAUCCUUAACGGGUUCAAGAUUCCUCCUGGUAUCGAAAUUGGAGCAAAUCCCUGGAUUUGUCAUCGAGAUAAAGCGAUAUAUGGAGAGGAUGCAGAAGAAUUUAACCCGGACCGGUGGCUGGGUGACCCCGCCCAGGUCAAGAUAUUUGAGAAGUACAACCUUGGUUGGGGCUAUGGCUCCCGAGUCUGCCUUGGCAAGCAUUUCGCUUUGAUGAUGUUAUACAAAGCUCCGGUUGCGCUGUUGAUGCAGUUCGAGGCUAGUCUGUGCAGCGAGACGCUUGAUACUCCUAAAUACAGUGUUCGACCCUACGGCGCAACGCUAAAUUGGAAAGAUGUCUGGGUUGACUUGAGGACUCGUGACCCCUGGAUCUCAACGAAUGGGCACAUAACUCACGCUGAAAAGAAUUGUUUAGAGCGUCCUCACCUUGAGAUAGCCACCUGA